AUGAGUUGUACCAGAAAUGCUUAUUUAGAUAUAUCUAUUGAUGGCAAGGCUGUUGGACGAAUUGUGUUCCAAUUGUUCUUGGAUGUGGCUCCUAUGGCUGCCAAAAACUUCUUGGAAUUGUGUAAAGGUGAGGUUAAAAUCGGAGAUAGACAGUUAAGCUACAAACUCAAUAGGUUUCACAGGGUGAUCAAAAACUUUAUGGUGCAGGGUGGAGAUAUAAUAUUUGGGUCUGGCGAAAAUAUCAACCCUGAAGAGGUUGGAAAAGGUGGCUGUUCAAUAUAUGCGGAGAAACAAGAUUUCGAGAACUCUAAAGAUGGUGGGAGUGCUUGCUUUGGCAACUUUAAGGAUGAAAACUUAGAGGAACUUAAAGAAUCUUUCAUUCUUGCAAUGGCUAAUAUUGGUGAAAAGGAUACCAAUAGCUCCCAGUUUUUCAUUACUACAACUGCUACUCCGCAUUUAAACUUCCAGCAUUCCAUUUUUGGAAGGGUGAUUGGUGGGAAAUCUGUUGUACGUUCCAUAGAAAAAUGUCCGACAGAUAAGGAUGGUUGGCCUGAAGUAACUGUGUUGAUUGAGGAUUGUGGUGAGUGGCAUGAAGGAAUGGAUAUUCCCUUGUACAAUGCAAGUAACGCCCCUGAUGGGGGAGAUAUUUAUGAAGAAUACCCUGAAGACGAUACUCAUUUUGAUGGAGAAGAUUUUCAAAAGGCAUACGAAGCUUCAAAUACAAUUAAAGAGUCUGGUACUAUCCUUUUUAAACGGAAAGAUUAUCAAAAUGCUUAUUAUAAAUAUAGAAAAUCAUUGAGAUAUGUGAAUGAAUAUAUUCCAGAUAUUGAGCUUGAUGAUGAGCGGUUUCUUUUAUUCAAUAAAUUGAAGAUGAAAUUAUACCUGAACCUCAGCUUCGUUCUAUUUAUUCUCAGCAGACACGAUGAAUCCAUCACAUAUGCUAAUUACCUGAUAGAGAUGGAAGGAGUUACUUCACUAGACAAAGCAAAAGCCUACUACAGACGGGGAAACUGCUACCUUGUUAAGAAGAGAUUAGAAGAUGCUCUCCAAGAUUACAAGAACUGCAAAGAAUAUAACCCAAAUGAUGAGGUAGUUACCAAAAGAAUUUUGGAGAUAGAGUCCAAAUUAGAGGAGAAACUGGAAAAAACUAAGAAAAGUAUUUCAAAAUUCUUUCAGUAG